AUGAACAAGUUUAAAUAUGAUAUUAAGCCAUUAUAUAUAGAAACAUUUGAGUACAAUUAUAUGGAUGGUAAAACAGAGAAGUCAUUUACAAUUAAAAAAAAACUAGAAGCUCAAAGAGGAAAAGGAAAGAUGCAAUAAAGUGAACCACUUGCCUAAUUUAAUGUAUUUAUGUCUUUGAAUAACAAAUAAAGAAUGAUAAAAUGAAAUAAAGCAAUAAUAGAGCGUAAACUAGUAGAUGGCUUAGAUAAUCGUCUUUUGCUAAAAAUUGUACUAUUAAUCCUAGCACUCCUCUAAAUAAUGGUAUUAGAAAAAUAGAAAGUAGAAUGGAAGAUGAAAUACUUAUAUAAAACAGUAGAAAUACUUCUGAAAAAAGAAAUAUAAAAAUACCUAAAUUAAGUUAUAUUGAUUUUAAUGUACAUAUUUUAUAAAACAAUAGGAAAAUAGAUUUCUGUAUUGAAUGGAGAAGGGAGUGAUUCAUUUUCUAAGGCUCUAAAAUUAAUAAAUAAAGAUAAUAUAUUAAUGAGAAAGAAAAAGAAAUCUGUAUAAAAUUCAAAAACUAUUUCAACAUAAGAAAAUGAAAUUACUUAGUUUGAAUAAUUAGAGAAUUAACAUCCAAAAGAUAUGAUGGAAAAAAUAGGAUAAAUGCUUGCUAUUAAUUAAAGGAAUAAUCCUAUGAGAAAAUAAAGUAAAGUUAGAGAAGCUUUUACUAGAAAUUUAAAAUUUUUAGAUCAAUCAUUUUAAGAAUCUACUUCACCAGAUAAAAAAUUAAAAUCAGUUAUUCAAAUCUAUUUUGAUAAAAAAUAAGCAUAUUAAGAAGAAUAAAAUAAAUAAUAAGAAAUCACUAUUACAUAACUUUCAGAAUAAACAAAAUCAACUAAAAAUAAUAAUCGAAUGAGAAUAUCUACUACAUUCUUAAAAUAAUUUGCUUAUUAAGUAGAAGAAGAAUCAAAAUAAAAAUAAUAAUCAAAAUCAUAAAAUUUUAUUUAAUAAUCAAUUAAAUCAUCUUAAAUUAAAGAUAAAUUUAAAAAAAAAUAAAAUACAAUUUUUAGUAUAUAAGUCAGAUUAAUAUUUAAAAAGAUGUUUAAUUAAAUUGUUAAUUGUGUUAGAAAAAUGAAAUUAAUGAAAUUAACUAUUAAAGAAAUAUUUUAAAAUGGAGUUAUUUAAAAGAAACCAUAUGAAAGAGAAGGAUCUUUCUAAUUUUUUGAAGGUGUAGAGGAUAAUAAUUUAUAAUUAAUCAAUUUUAUGCUACUUAAAUGUAGAUAUUAUGCAUUUGAUAUUAAUGAAGAAGGAAAAACUCCUUUACAUGUAAGUUCUAAGAAAGGUUAUUAAUCAAUUACUGAAAGAUUACUUCAAUAUGGAGCCUAUGUUGAUUCUAUAGAUUAAGAUGGAAAAACUCCUUUGUAUUAUGCUAUUUAGUCUUAGUAUAAACAUAUAGUUUAUCUAUUAUUAUAUAAUAAGGCCAAUCCAUGGUCUAUUAAAAAUUGUUAAUAUAAAUGUAAUAAUCCAGAUAUUAUGCAUCUCAUUAAAGUAUCAAGAAAGGUAUAUAUUUAAUUUAUGUACUUAGAUUCAUCUAAUAUUACAAUUAACAAGACAUUGUGAUAGAGAUAUGAAAUGGCAAGAAUCAAGAAAUAAUUUACUAUAAUGA